UUCCCAUUGCGUUCGGUUCAAAAUGCAUAGGUACAAAUUAAUUUUCUGUAGCUCUCGUAGCACGUAGCGAAUAAAUCAAAGAUGGUGAUUUUGAAUUAUAGCCGCAGAAGUAUUACGUUUUUAAAACCGUUAACCAAUUAUUUGCGCUUUUUUGGUAUUUUACCGGAUUACGAUUUCGAAACGAAAACGCUUACGAAUUCCCUGAUAUACCCCAUAUCCUCUUGUGUGACAUUCGUCGCGAUCGUGUUUCUAGUGACAGUAGACUUGAGCGCCAUACUGGCAAACGUGGCCGCAUUCGGAAUAGAAAUAUUCCAAGUGUGCGAAAUAUUAACCCAUUUCUUCGGAGUCGCUUGUCUCUUCUGGUGUAGAUACGAUUGCCACGUGAAAAGAAAAGUAUGGGAACACUUUCUAAGGAGCAUGGCCAAAAUAGAAAGCAAAGAAUAUCUAAAUGCUGACGACACUGAGCAAAACUUCUGCCUGAAUCCGUUUGUCCAGUUCGUGUCUUUGAAUGUGCUGCUUUUAGGCGGAUAUGUGGCCCGCUUUGCCGUAGACGACUACUACAAUGACAUCGGUUUCUUGGGGUACCUCCCCUUGAUGAUAUUCUCCUUCGAGAACAUGCUGGUAUCUUUCGUAAUAAGCAGCCUGGCUAUAUCUUUUAAAAAUAAACUGGAACGUAUUAACGAAUUGUUGCAAAACUGCGUGGGGCGGGAAAGCUUGGAAGUGGAUGAAGUGCGCAAAGCGAAGAGCUUAUAUCUUGCCGUGAACAAAUUGGUGGACGAAUAUAACAAUUUGUUCGGAAAACAGUUGUUAUUUAUGCCGUUGCUUUGUCUAUGCAAAGUUCUCACCGUUACUCUCGUUGUGUGUUUUCGCGGGCGGUUGAUUCGAUUCGCCUCCAAUAUAUUGCACAUUCUCUUCGCCAUUUUUAUGAUGAUGAUGCAGUCUGUUCUGAUGUACUGUUGCGACACGGCAUCUAGGGAAUCGCAAAACAUCCUAGCCACCUGCCACGCCAUCCAAGAUCAAUUUUUAAUAUAUUCCAUUCAGCACGAGGUGUUAGAAGAUCUUGCGGUUAAAGUUCUAACGAGGCCGGUCAAAUUUAGCGCCAUGAAUUAUUUUGAAAUUAACAGAUCGACCAUGUUCGCUUUAAUAUCAAAUACCGUUAUGUAUUUUAUAGCGUUCGUACAAUUUUCUAAUACAUAAAUAAAUCAUGUUAUAAAAGUA